UCUCCUAUCUUGGGGGAACAAGUAAACAGUUUUCUUUCAACAGAUAUAACGGUUCCUUAACUGUCAACGUUUCAUUGGUACUAACCUUGGACUGUAGGACUAGGAACCACCAAACCAGCACCAACUUUGGCCAUGGCUGCCACCUCCACCACCCAUUUGUUCCAAACCAGAAUGUUCUUUCCACCUACGACAAUUGCACCACUCACUUCUCCAUUUUCCACGUUCCUUGGGCCACACCAGAGGCUCCUCUCAAAAGGGUGCAGACGCAUUGGUCAAAGACGGAGAUGUAGACACUCCAUGUUUGUGAAUGCAAAACUCCUUCUCAAAGAUGGCACUCUGAGUGUCAAUGGCAAGGAUGCAUUAAAGGGUGUGCCUGAGAAUGUGGUUGUAACACCAUUCACUGGUUCGUCGGCUUUCAUAGGGGCAACUUGUGCUGAUGCCAGUUCACGCCUUGUGUUCAAGCUUGGAGUCAUUCAGGAUGUCAGAUUACUGUGCCUAUACAGAUUUAAAAUUUGGUGGAUGAUACCACGAGUAGGAAACUCAGGGAGAGACAUUCCUAUUGAAACUCAGAUGUUGCUCAUGGAAGCAAGAGAAGGAAAUUCACAAUCAUCCAAGGAACAUAAUUCAUAUUUCAUUUUCUUGCCGGUUCUAGAUGGUGAAUUUAGAAGCAGCUUGCAAGGAAAUUCAUCUAAUGAACUUGAGCUUUGUGUUGAAAGUGCUUCUCAAUUAUAUCUGUAUCACAGUUUAUCUGAAGGAGGUACACCAGCAAAAUUCUUGAUAAUAGAUGAUGGAUGGCAAGACACUGUGAAUGAGUUUCAAAAAGAUGGGGAGCCAUUUAUUGAAGGAUCACAAUUUGGUGGCAGAUUAAUCAGCAUCAAAGAAAACAGUAAAUUCCGAGCAGUGGGAGAUGUAACUGAAAGUGGGGCACCGGUUAGUCUAAAGGAUUUUGUUUCAGAAAUCAAGAGCUCUUUUGGUCUCAAGUAUGUCUAUGUAUGGCAUGCCCUAUUGGGUUACUGGGGAGGGUUAGAUCCAAAUGCAUCUGGAACCAAGAAGUAUGAUCCAAAACUUAGAUAUCCAGUACAGUCACCAGGGAAUUUAGCAAAUACAAGGGAUUUAUCUAUUGAUGCCAUGGAGAAGUACGGUAUCGGUGUCAUGGAUCCAGCUAAAAUUUCAGAGUUUUAUGAUGAUCUACACAGUUAUCUUGUCUCUCAAAACAUUGAUGGAGUUAAGGUUGAUGUUCAGAACAUACUGGAAACAAUUUCAAGUGGUCUAGGAGGUCGUGUUCUUCUCACUAGACGCUUUCAACAGGAGCUUGAAAAGUCCAUAUCUACUAACUUUCAGGACAAUAGCAUAAUCUGCUGCAUGGCUCAUAACACAGACUCCACUUACCACUCAAAACAAAGUGCAAUCACACGAGCAUCUGAUGACUAUUAUCCGAAAAACCCCACAACUCAGUCUCUACAUAUAGCUGCUAUAGCUUUCAACAGCAUAUUCUUUGGUGAAAUUGUUGUACCGGACUGGGACAUGUUCUAUAGUCUCCAUGAUGCAGCUGAGUUUCAUGCAGUAGCUAGAGCAGUUGGAGGCUGUGGAGUAUAUGUAAGUGACAAACCGGGCCAGCAUGAUUUCAAUGUACUGAAAAAGCUUGUACUUCCCGAUGGAUCAGUGCUCAGAGCCAGAUAUCCUGGGAGGCCAUCGCGUGAUUGUUUAUUUAUUGAUCCAGUUAUGGAUAAGAAGAGCCUUCUCAAGAUUUGGAACUUGAACAAAUGUGGGGGAGUUGUAGGCAUCUUUAAUUGCCAAGGAACAGGUUCCUGGCCUGGCCUUGAAAGUAAUGCUGAAGAAGACAUCACUUUUGAGCUUUCAGGCAAGGUCUCUCCCUCAGAUAUUGAGUAUUUUGAAGAGGUUUCAACAGGUCCAUGGACUCAAGAUUGUGCAGUUUUUCGCUUCAAUACAGGUUCUCUGACACGACUAUCUAAGGAAGAAUCAUUUGAUAUCACAUUAAAAGUAUUGCAGUGUGAAGUGUUUACUGUAUCUCCUAUCAUGGUUUACAAUCAAACUAUUCAGUUUGCACCAAUAGGACUAACAAACAUGUAUAACUCUGGUGGAGCUGUUGAAGCAGUUGACUCCAGUGAUUCUUCUGGAUCUAAAAUACACAUAACAGGUAGAGGAGGAGGUGACUUUGGAGCAUACUCCAACUUAAAACCAAAGUCUUGCUAUGUAAAUUCUGAAGAUUUGGAGUUCCAAUUUAGAGAGGAAGAUAAUUUUUUUGGAGUAACAAUUCGAGCUAAAACCAGUUCAUGGGAAAUCACCAUCUGCUACUAAGACCAUAUUUUUCAUGACAAGGCACAAUCCCUUGGCUGACAUUAUCAAUAAAUUAUGCUUGCAAAAUCA